UGCAGUCUGGGUCCAGCAGGGGGCAGGAGUGCGUUCUGUUGUCUUUUCACAGCCGCCGGGGAGUCGCAAAGACAACAGAAGAAGAACAAGAAGAAGCGGUGGGAAAUUUGACAGUGCGCGAAAGAUUGUCGCUGACAUUUAUUAUUUCACUCCGAUCAACAAUUGUUGCUGAUAACACCAACACGUCGACCACAUGGACCGGUACGUGUUGGUUAUUUCCUUUUGCCAAACCGACGACGACGUGGCGGAGGAGUACAAAUGUCUGGAGCCAGUAAAGCGGAUACAUGACGCACUUGUGGACAUCUCGAAUCGGGAAUCAGCCGGAGGGAUCUCUGUGUUUCCAGCCUGCUCGCUCAGUGGCGCCCCCUCCGUCCAGAGGUGGUACUUGGCUCUUCAGGCUUGCCAAGGAGUCCAGCAGUUCUGCAGCUCUGACUGGGAGGAGCUGGGGACGUGGCGUCAGAAAGCUGACAGCGAGGAGGAGAAGCCCACUGUUGUGGCGUCGUGUCUAAGUUCCCUGAGUAACCAGGAGGCGCCGCAUCAAAACGCUGAUCAGCCGUCACUGACGGAGCUGCUGGAGGAGGCUGCAGAAGGACUGCAUCUACUCUCAGACAAGCUCCCACCUCCAGGUAAAGCCUUGUUGGAUGUGCUGGUGUUGGGCUCCACAGAGCAAUCUCCUCCUGUUAAAGACCUGCUGCCUCUGCUGGGAGCCCUCAAACAAUUGUCCCACUGGCACGCUGCUAAGAUCAGUGUCGUCACGCGGCACACCACCGGGUGGCAGAAAGUAGCGUCUUACCUAAGUGCCGGUCUGGUGGAGCCUGCUGACCUACUCAACUGCAUUGAUGACAGGGAACUAUGGAGGGGCGGCCUGGUUGUCAAAGAGAAAAAGUGUGCGUCAGAGCUCCGAUUUGACGGCUUUUCUCUGCGCUCUGCGUCGCGUCGCACGCCAGUGACCAGCGUCCUGCGAGCUCCCUUCACCCCCACGGACCACCGACUGCAGUCCGAGGUCUUCCAUUACUACGCACCAGUUUUAGAUUUGGUUCAACUGGUUAAUUUGUCGGACCUGCCCAGCUUUCUGAUGUCCACAAGCCAGUUUGAACUAAGCCUGUCUGGGAAGUCGAUGAAAGCUAAGCUGCUGUUGGACCAGUUGAAGUCACUGCGUGGAAAGGUCGGAGCGUUGUUCAGCAUGUCGUGCAUAAUCACCCAAAUUGCUCAACAUGCAGCCAGCCAGCUCAGCUCGCAGCGCUGGAGGGAGUCCGUAGCCGGGAGACCAAAGUCCUUACCCGUGCCUGACGUAGAGGUGAAAGGUGAGAGUGCUCACUACCUCCUCUUGGUCCAGGGCUCCCAUGACGUGGGUUCUGAAGCCUGCAUGGUCAGGAUGUUGCACUCAGGAAGUCAAAUCAAUGGAGCGGCUGCCAUGGCAACCAUCUCAGGGUUGCUGAGAGAGACGUCUCAGUCAUCAUCAGGAGAUGCCGUGAGCAGCAUCUUCCCUCUUCCUUGUCUCCAAGGAGCGGGCCUGCUGAGGAGGGAGAAGAAGGUGACCCGAGUCCAGACACUGGUAGUCAAAGAAUAUCUCAGACGAAAAGAAGCAGCGUCUGCUUCAAACUCAAUACCCGUCAAUGACUUGAAAGUCAUUGUGGGUCUGGCCAGGAAGCAUUAUCUGAAGAUGAUUGACUCCACUCUGCCCUCUGCUGCCACCUGUCUGACCGACGUGCAGGAGAGCACAGCCGCCAAGAACUCACGUUUUCCACCCACGUCCCAGCAGCUAUCGGACUGGCCUGAGAGGAGUGUCCUCCACAACAUAGAGAACCUGCAGAGGAGAAGGCAGAAGAGAAGAUUUGGUCUGUUGGGUCCAGGAUCAAGUGACAGUCUACUGGGUCCUAAAGACAGUCAAAAGAGUUCCACUGCAUUACUGGACGCCAAAGAACUAUUAAAACAUUUCACAUCGGAUGGGAUGCCCACUGGGGAUCUACAACUCCUCACUAUCAACAGAGGUGAGAACGUGUUCCAGUUGUCACCAGACCUUUCUCCCGGGAGAAUUAGCCAGAUGCCCUUCAACAAAGCCUCAGUGUCCCAUUACCACGGCAUAGAAUUCUGUCUGGACAAUCAGCGGUCCUUGGAUCGCGACCAGGCCUUCGUGAAACUACAGUCCCGUCUUAUUCGACACGAGACCCAAACUACCUGCUCCAAGGAGCCCUGCGCGCUCCCGUUCGCCCUCAGCCCCGCCCCCUCCCCCGCUGUGAUGUCAGAACCAGGAAGCGUGCCCGACGGGGAGACUCUGGAGAACGCGGAUGUAGCGCGACUCAAGCGGCGGUCGUGGGACACGGACGUCAUCGGAGGUCAUCCCCGCAAGAGGCUGGUGAAAUCAGAGAGCAGCGACUCCCUCUGUUCCCAGAGCAGCAGCGGCAGCGGCCCACACCCUGCUGUCCGGUCUUUACGACAACAGCCUUGCAGAUCCCAGUCGACAGCCUCAGGUUUGGUGACUCUUCCCCUUGCUGACAAACCUCAGCAGCCGAAGAGGUGUUAUGAAAAUGCAGAGGACAAACCUUCCCAAGAGUCCCGUUCCCAGAAACACAACCGGAUGCUGCAGGAGGUGGUGGCUAAAGCGCUCAAACACCACGGGAUCACGGCCGAGCAUCCGUGCUUUAAGGCCUGCAGCAAAAGACUGUUUGACAUCUCGAAAUUCUAUCUCAAGGAUCUGAAGACUUCUCGUGGUCUGCAUGAGGAAAUGAAGAAGGCCGCCAGCAGCAACGUUAAACAGGUCAUUGACUGGGUGUUGGAGAAGACCUCAAAGAAUUAAAGACAAUCUUUAAUUAGAAAAUAGAUUUUGUCUCUAAUUCUUCGAUUUUGUAGCUAAAAGAUGGUUCCAAUUUCUUUUAUUUAAUUUAUUUCAAAGUGUAGUUUGUAGGCCUCCUGAUUAGCUGAAUUGUUUUAUUACGUCUUGAACUUAAUCCUUUAUCUUUCAUAAUGUCUUCAUCUAAGAUGAUCAUAUAUUGACAUUUAUUUUAUUAUUUUUCAGUUUGUGGCCGUAUAUAUAUUUCUGAUAUUCCCACUGCUCCAAAACCUUGAAACAGAACAAAAUUGACAUUCUGAGUAGCAGCAAGGGCUUAAACCUCGGCCUCAAGUUGCUGCUAUAUUUUCUUUGUAACGUGACUUUUUUUUUCUAAAUACUUUAUUAUUAUUAUUAUACAUUAUUUCAUGGCUUUGAUUGUACAUAUUUUGUUUUACUGUAUGUAACAAAAUAAAGUCUUUAUUUCUUAAUCCA